UUGAUGGCGGCAAGACCGUUGGAGGCACUCUCCUCCAGGCUAGCUCUCGGCACUUCUUGGAUCCUCAGGAAUCCUAAUAAUUCAUCGUCAUUACCAAGAUUGAGGAGCAACUUCAACUCUCUGGUCAUCUGCUGCGCCCAAUCGAAACCGGAGAAAUUGCUGGUGGUCGUCGGAGGCGGUGCCGCGGGGGUUUUUGGCGCAAUUAGGGCUAAGGAUGUCGCUCCUCACCUCAGAGUAGUUGUUAUCGAGAAAGGAAAGCUUCUGUCGAAGGUAAAGGUAUCUGGUGGUGGCCGGUGUAAUGUGACAAAUGGGCAUCACGUCGACGGAAGGAUUUUGGCAGAACAUUAUCCUAGGGGCCAUAAGGAGUUGAAAGGAUCCUUCUUCAAAAUGCACGGUCCACUUGAUACCAUGUCUUGGUUCAACGAUCAUGGUGUUCAACUCAAGAUAGAAGAUGAUGGAAGAGUGUUCCCCGUCAGCGAUAGUUCCUCUACUAUAGUGAACUGUCUUUUGGAUCAAGCAAGGAGAAGUGGAGUUGAAUUGCAGACUGGCAAAGUACUGAUGCAUGCAUCUCGCAGUGUCUCUGGGAGAUUUGCCCUCUCAAUACAGAAAGUCAAGAUGGCUACUGUUGAGACAGUUGAAUCUGAUUACCUGUUGAUUGCAACUGGCAGUAGUAGGCAGGGUUUUGAUAUUGCUGCUCAGCUUGGCCAUUCAAUUGUGCAACCAAUGCCAAGUCUGUUCACAUUCAAGAUAGAGGACAAGCAUCUGUUAGAUUUAGCUGGGGUAACUUUCCCAAAAGUGAAAGCAACAUUGACAAUACAAAAUGUUCGUAACAUUCCUCAAUUUGUUCAGGUUGGGCCAAUGCUAGUAACCCACUGGGGACUUAGUGGACCUGUCAUUCUUCGGUUAUCAGCUUGGGGGGCACGUGACCUUUUUGGUUCCAACUACAAAGGUAUCCUUUUGGUGGAUUUUGUCCCUGAUUGUCAUAUGGAUGAUGUGAUAUCUAUUCUAACUAAGCACAAGAGUCAAUUUGCAAAACAAAAGGUCCUGAACUCCUGUCCUAUGCAGCUGAGUUUGGUGAAAAGAUUUUGGAAGUAUUUACUUGAACGAGAGGGAGUAAAUGAGGAUGUCUUAUGGGCUUCUGUCUCAAAAACAUCAUUAAGUUCGAUUGCGUUACUAAUGAAGCAAUGCUCAUUUAGUAUUGUUGGAAAGGGCCAAUUCAAAGAUGAAUUUGUCACUGCUGGUGGAGUCCCAUUCACUGAGAUUACUCUAAGCACAAUGGAAAGCCGAAAAGAACCUGGUCUUUUUUUUGCUGGAGAGGUUUUAAAUGUUGAUGGAGUCACUGGUGGUUUCAAUUUUCAGAAUGCAUGGUCUGGGGCAUACAUAGCUGGGACGAGAAUUGGUGAAGUGGCCUUAGGUGUUGCGUGUGACUAAGUCCCUUGAUUAUAUCGCAGAGUGUUGCUCAUGGUUAUUGGAAGAGUCAAUGGCUGCGCUUCUGGGUGCAUGUAACAGAACAUUCGAUAUUGCUGUGAUCACUACAAAUACAGAGGUUUUAAGAGUUGAGAAUUUGAAUAUAAGCAGAAGAUGUACAUACUGCAAACGUUGCAGCUCAAGUACUGGGAUCCAAGGCGCCUAAGUUGAACCAUGUCUUGCUGCAAGUGCUAGGGUGGAUGAGCUUGAUUUUCCUAAAUCCAUCCUCAUGUGGCCUAACAUCAAGGGGAGAUUCUAUCGUCCAGCUCCGAUUUGGAUUCAUAAUCAGUUUUAUCUCUUUUCCAAGGUUGAUGAUUAGCAAAGCAUUUUGUGGUCCAGCAUUUUGUUGAUACUAUGAGAUACACCUGAGAAAAGGACACAUGAUUAAGAUAGAUGAAUCUGAAGAAUUGGCUUAACCAGUCAUAGGUGGGGAGGUCAUUUACAGGCUUUGUGAGCUUAGCUGAUUCUUCAGAAAGUGAAAAUCCUUUUUAGCCCUGUUUGAGCCUCACGGUAAAAGGAUGUUAAGGGAAUAUUUCCAAUGAGUAGCUGAAGGAACUGGCUGCGUAUCGGCCUACGCAUCGUGCCUCCUUGGAAGAUUUCAGUCUAUUGUAAAACUGAAUUGAUCAAUAUCGGACAGGAUGAAAAAAAAUUUGUUCCUGUGAACUGAGCCGAUGAAGUAUCGGUGUUCAAUAUGAGAUGAAAACCGGGUGGUGGCA